UUAGAAUUUCAUCCUUCGAGUCAAAACGGGGGCGUUUGGAGUUAUACAAAUGUUUCAGUAAGGUUGUAACUCUCACGAAUACACAGAAAGAGAGAGAGAGAGAGAGAGAUCUGAAUGGGGAGCAAAGAAAUGGAGGAAGAAGAAGACGAAGGACCACCACCAGGUUGGCAGUCAAUCCCUCUCCCUUCUUCACAGCCACCAGCACCAGCACCAGCACCUCCACCUCCUUCUGAAAUGGCUCAAAUGGUUUGUGGUACUUGCCAUAACCUGCUUAAGUAUCCUCGAGGGGCAAGACAUGUUCAUUGCUCGUGCUGUCACACAGGCAAUUUUGUAUUAGAAGCUCAUGAGGUUGGACUAGUUAAAUGUGGCAGCUGUGAAGUAUUGCUGAUGUAUCAACAUGGAGCAUCAUCAGUGAAGUGUUCCUCUUGCUCUGUUGUGACCGAAAUUGGAGAGCACAAUAGGCGACCUCCAUGGUCUGUACAGCAAGGGCAACCACCACAGCCUCCCAACCCUGUUCACUAAACUACCUAUUUCUAUUAGGCACAUUAGCUAGGGAGUUUGUUCAUAAACUUCAGCAUUUUUGUUAAUUUCCAUCCUUAAUAAUGCAGAUAAAAAGAAUUUUGCCCCCAUCUUUUAUAAUUAUUUGUAUAGAAAUACUGAGUUGUGAAUACCUGUUGCUCUGAUAAAUUUAUGACAUUUUCAACGUGA